GCGGUAUAUAGGUAUUGAGCAACCAAACCCGGCUCAUUCGUUGAUCGGUCCACCAAACCGGCUCUUUCCCGUCUCUCUCUCUCUCUUUCUCUUUGAUCACCGUCCAUUCAACGCCGCUGCGACAACCAAGAAGAAUCCUUCGAUUCAGCAUAAUAGCUCUGAAGAGGAGCUGGUCGGAGAAAAAAAAAAGGAAAGGAAGUCAUGAGGAACAUUCGUGUGCUUGUGUCUGGUUUGUGCCGAGUUAGGAGUUCUUUUGUCUCACGGACUGCUCAUAGUGCUCCUAAAAGGCUUUUCACAUUUUCUCCUGUCAAGAGCAUCUUAAGGAGUCCAUCUUAUGAGUGUUCUGUUCGUGUUCGAUGGUUAGCAUCUUCAGCAAAUGCGCCACAUCUUGUUCUUGAAAUGCCAGCAUUAUCUCCAACAAUGAACCAAGGCAAUAUUGCAAAAUGGAUAAAGAAAGAGGGGGACAAGAUAAAUGUGGGUGAUGUGAUAUGUGAGAUAGAGACUGACAAAGCAACCCUUGAAUUUGAAAGCCUUGAAGAGGGCUACUUGGCUAAAAUAUUAGUUCCCGAAGGUUCAAAAGAUGUGCUUGUUGGGCAGCCUAUUGCAAUAACUGUUGAAGACCCAGAUGACAUUAAAAAUGUUCCAACUACCAUAUUGAGUGGAGCAGAGACCAAAGAGGAAAAAGUACCUCAGGAUGUGGGGCAUAAAGAUAGUGCAAAGAAGACAGAUAUUCGCAGAAUUAGUCCAUCAGCAAAGUUGCUUAUUUUGGAAUAUGGACUGGAUGCAUCUUCUAUGAAGGCAUCAGGUCCUCGUGGUACUCUUUUGAAAGGUGAUAUACUGGCAGCGAUAAAGUCUAGAGGAGCUUCUCCACAACCAUCCAAGUCAUCUCAAGACAGUACAUCUUCAACAAUGCAAUCCGCCCAGCCAACUGCUCGUAAACCACCACAGUUGGCCUCUUCCAAACAAGUUGUUGAUUCUCAUGAAGAUUUGCCAAAUAGCCAAAUACGCAAGGUGAUAGCGAAAAGGUUGUUAGAAUCAAAACAAGGAACACCACAUUUUUAUUUAUCCUCAGACAUCAUACUGGAUCCUUUACUUGCUUUCAGAAAUCAUCUAAAAGAGCAGCAUAAUGUGAAAGUUUCAGUAAAUGAUAUCAUCAUAAAGGCUGUUGCUACUGCACUAAGAAGUGUACCUGAAGCUAAUGCUUACUGGAACGCCGAGAAAGGAGAUACUUCUUUGUGUGACUCCAUUGAUAUAUCAAUUGCAGUGGCCACGGAGAAGGGCUUGAUGACUCCAAUUGUUAGGAAUGCAGAUCAAAAGACUCUGUCAGCAAUAUCUUCUGAGGUCAAAGAAUUAGCUGAGAAGGCUCGUGCUGGGAAGUUGACACCUGAACAAUUUCAAGGUGGAACUUUCAGCAUUUCAAAUCUUGGAAUGUUUCCUGUUGACCACUUUUGUGCUAUAAUAAAUCCUCCGCAGGCUUGUAUACUUGCAGUUGGCCGAGGGAACAAAGUGGUUGAACCCAUCAUCGACAGCGACGGAACUGAAAAACCAGCCGUCGUUACAAAGAUGAACUUGACAUUAUCAGCUGAUAAUCGUGUUUUCGAUGAGAACAUUGGAGGUAAGUUCCUGUCAGCUCUGGCACUAAACUUCAGCAACAUUCAAAGACUUCUUUUGUAAUUCUCUGAAGAACAUCUUCCUGUGCACACCAAGCUUGCCUUGAGCAGGCAAAUAAAGUUGUUGUUCGUAUUUAGAAUCCCGGAAUAAACUCCGAAUUUUACGUUUUGGCGAUGGCAUUUUUAUCCUUUUGUCAUCGACAGUACCUGAGAUAUCGAUUGCUCAGUUUUUUUGGCAAUUCAUUCUAUGGAAUCAAUAUUAGUUUUGUGGCUAAUUUGUUUUUCAUUGAAAUUCCAAGCAUUGUUUUUUGCUUGUUGAAUGUAUUUCUGAAAGCAUUCUUGUAAGAAUGUGAUGUUGCAUUUUUGUAUCAACUGGUGGUAAUAAAAAAAUUUCUGAGCGCAAUCUAUAAUACAUGCUUUUGGUGCA